AGAGCAGCAGGGCGGUAGUAAAUAGACGGUGCGCUAGUAUGAGAGGAGAUAAAGAUCACUACUCUUAUGAAAUACUUAUUAUAAAACAGGCCAUUAUUCACAGUGGAACCUUCAGUUGGCUCACUAGUUUUGCUUUUGAGACUAAGCGGACUGUCUCCCAAAAGACACAUUUUACCUAACGAUGAUGCAUUUACGCACGAGACGUUUGGUUAGUGAAAGGCAUUACUUUUCUUUACGCGCGUUGCACAAGUCUGCAUCCAGCGAUGCGCCCCCGAUCACCGUGGCCAGGGAGGAGACCCUUCGCCCGGGUCUGAUCCGACCGGAGACCCUGGAAGAUGUGUCCCGUGUGAAGACUCUCAAGGAGAUGCCCGGACCCAGCACGUUUGGAAAUCUGGUGGAGUUCUUCUUUCGCGACGGUUUUAGCAGAAUCCACGAGAUCCAGAUGGAGCACCGUCAGAAGUACGGAAAGAUUUUCAAGUCCCGCUUCGGCCCCCAGCUGGUGGUGUCCAUCGCUGACCGUGACUUGGUGGCCCAGGUGCUGCGGGCCGAGGGAGCCACCCCCCAGAGGGCAAACAUGGAGUCCUGGAAGGAGUACCGUGACCUAAGGGGCCGCUCAACCGCUCUCAUCUCUGCGGAGGGUGAGGAAUGGCUGAAGAUGCGUAGUGUGUUGCGGCAGCUGAUCAUGCGACCGCAGGACGUGGCCGUGUUCUCAGAGGAUGUGAACCUUGUGGUGGACGACCUGGUUAAGAGGGUCGGCUCCCUACGCAGCCGAUCAUCUGACGGGGAGUCUGUGGUCAACAUCAAUGACCUGUUCUUCCAGUACGCCAUGGAGGGAAUGGCCUCCAUCCUGUAUGAAACUCGUCUGGGCUGUCUGGAGGAGGAGGUGCCAAAAGAUACGCAGGACUACAUCGCUGCUCUGCACCUCAUGUUCAGCUCCUUCAAGACCACCAUGUACGCCGGGGCCAUCCCAAAGUGGCUCCGGCCUGUCCUACCCGGGCCCUGGGAGGACUUCUGCAGCUCCUGGGACGGCCUUUUCAACUUCAGUCAAGUCCAUGUCAGUAAGAGGUUGGAGGAGGUCAGAGGUCAGACAGAGCGGGGGGAGGAGGUGAAGGGGGGUCUACUCACCCACAUGCUGGUUACCAUGGAGAUGAGCCUGGAGGAGAUCUAUGCCAACGCGACGGAGAUGCUGCUGGCAGGCGUCGACACGACAUCGUUCACCCUGACCUGGGCGGUCUACAUGCUGGCUCUGAACAAGGAGGUGCAGCAGGAGAUCUACGAGGAGGUGCUGGGGGUCCUGGGGCCGGAGGAGACCCCCACCGCCGACCACGUUACUCGCCUCCCCCUCGUCCGAGGCCUCGUUAAGGAGACGCUCAGGCUGUUUCCAGUUCUCCCCGGCAACGGGCGGGUUACCCAGGAUGACUUGGUGGUGGGAGGAUACUACCUACCUAAAGGGACCCAGCUGGCUCUUUGUCACUACUCCACAUCUAUGGAGGAGGAGAACUUCCCGGACGCCGGAGACUUCCGUCCGGCACGCUGGGUCCGAAAGGACAACACGGACCGCGUGGACAACUUUGGCUCCAUCCCGUUCGGCUACGGCCUCCGCAGCUGCAUCGGCCGCAGGGUAGCGGAGCUUGAGAUGCACUUAGCCCUUGCAAGGCUGAUCCAGAAGUUCAACAUCGACGUGUCCCCACUUCUCUCCUCGGAGGUCAAAGCCAAGACCCAUGGUCUGCUGUGUCCCGCGGCGCCCGUACACAUCCGGUUCAGAGACAGAGACUCCUAGACACGCUGGAGACAGAGAUAGAUACCUAAAGACAGACACCAUAGACCUAGACCACCUAAAGACAUAGACCCCUUUAGACAUAGUGCAACUAGACCCACUACCACCUUACAGACAUAAACCCCUUCUAGGCAGACCAAAUAAACCCCCUACACCCC